GGUCUUUACUUUACUAUGCACGAGCUCUUUUACCCUUGUUCAAAAUAUCUAAUUUAGUAUAUCUCUCAAAGGUUGAUCCGCAGAAUAUAUAAUUAGUUAUUUAUAGUUGUUUGGUUUUGCACAGAGAUGGAAAACAGUGCGCGAUCUUAUCUAGACAAGAACAUAUUUAUAGUUGUUUGGUUUUGCACAGAGAUGGAAAACAGUGCGCUAUCUUAUCUAGACAAGAACAUAUGUACGGUUUACGAUUCAGACGAGCAGUGGCGGAUCCAGGACUGGGCCAACCCAGGCUCCGAGCCCUCCUCCGGAUCUAGAUUAGUUUAGUGCUUAUAAAAUUUUUUGAUUUAGGUAUUUGGCCCAGUGCUAUUUAAAAUUCAGUCUAGUUUUAUUUGAUAAUAGGAUUUUGUGUAACUAGGAAAAUGGUUCAGAUGAACAUAUCCAAACCAUUACUCUAAAUUUAUACUAAAUUUUCUAUAGCCUAAAUGAUUUUAUUUGAAAAAUGACAUGAAAACCUAAAAGUGUAAAGUUUCAUUAAAAUAAAAUAAAAAAACUCUAAACUAAAGCACACCCUUCCUUGCAAAAUUCAAAAAAAUUCCCAAUCCCCCCAAAACAAAACAAGAACGAGGAGACGAGCAGACCCAAAAUGGAUUUCUCUGCCAGCCGUCGAGUUGGUUUUCUUUCCAUUCUUUUGAUUAAGAAAAUAUUUACAAACUUGCUGAGUCAUCAUUUAGAUUGCCUCAAUUGAGUGGGACACUAGAUUCUAACCGUUCUUUCUGGUGUUUUGAUGAAGAAAAUAUUUACAAAGUUGCUCAAGAGUUUAGCCUCGAGACUUUGAAGGCUAUGAGAUGCAUUCUUUGGUGAAUGCACUACUCAUGUGAGGAAGAUGAAGUUUCUUCUUUUGCAAAAUUAUUAGAGAAACUGGAGGAAACAGGGAUGUACACAUAAUACAAAUUGAUUUGUCGGUUGAUUUGUCGGUUGAUUUGUCGGUUGAUUUGUCUAGUGUUGACAUAGCCGUUUCAACAACUACCAUGAAGACAAUAUUUUCAGCAAUGGAACAUGAACAUUGAUUUGUGCAACAAAAUGAGCGAUGAAUUUCUCGUUGAUUACUUAGCUAUUUUCUUUGAAAAAGAGUAUAUUAUCAGUAUGGAUGGAGAUUAUAUUAUUGAUGAAUUUUCUAAAUUGAAAGACCUUCUUGUACAUUUGGCUUGUAAUGAAAACUAUAUUAUUAUAUAUUUUUGUUUAUGGUAUCUAAUAUUCUAUUCAAAUACGGCCCAGUGCUCUCUUAUGUCCUGGAUCCGCCGCUGCAGACGAGAUGAUGUAGUAUAGGCCAUCACCAUAUUAAAUAUAGAGGGUUACUAUUUGCCGCCCGGGUAAUUAUUAUUUGCCGCCCGUAAAAAACACAAAAAGAUAAUUUUUCCCUCUAAAUUUUUUUUAUAUUCUAUUCGCUGAAAUGGUUUUUUAAACAACAUACACACCACCCGAGUCCCGACCACCAACCCCCCACAAAUACCAUAGCCAGAUUCACGGCCACCGGACGGCAGCCUAAGUCGCCGGCCACCAGGCCAAUCUCGUCAGCAUAAUUCGCCGGCCACUGGACGACAGCACGCCCCAUCGUCGGACCAACGAAUCAGGUAAACCCCGUGACCGACCUCCUCCUGGAUUUUUUCGCCCGUCCGCUCGCCGGAGGCAGUUUUUUUUUAAUGAGACAUAUUAUUAAUUCUAGAGCUAAUAAUUUAUAUUUAAUUUAUUGCUUUUAUUUAUAUUUUACAUAGUUAAAUUCAUAUGUAGUUUGAAUUAAGCGAUAGUAUUUUGUUGUAACGCUAAUAAGUUUCUUACCGUUAAAUUAUCGUUAUUUUUUAGAGUUAAUUAAAUUAUUGCAUUUAGUUUAAUUUUGCAGAGUCAAUUGAAGCACAAUUAGUUUAAUUCGUAGAGCUUAAGAAAUUUAGUAAUUUAUAUUAAAUAAUUUUCUUACCGUCAAAUUAUCGUUAUUUUUUAGAGUUAAGUAAAUUAUUGCAUUUAGUUUAAUUUUGUAGAGUCAAUUGAAGCACAAUUAGUUUAAUUAAGCGAUUAUGUUUUAUUGUAGCGCUAAUUAUUUUAUUGUGUUUAGAUUUAAUUCGUAGAGCUAAAUAAGAUUAAUAAUUUAUAUUUAAAUAAUUUUUUUACCGUCAAAUUAUCGUUAUUUAUUAGAGUUAAUUAAAUUAUUGCAUUUAGUUUAAUUUUGUAGAGUCAAUUGAAGCACAUUAGUUUAAUUAAGCGAUUGUGUUUUGUUGUAGCGCUAAUUAGUUUAUUGUAUUUAGAUUUAAUUCGUAGAGCUAAAGAAGAUUAAUAAUUUAUAUUUAAAUAAUUUUCUUAUCGUUAAAUUAUCAUUAUUUUUAGAUUUAAUUAAAUUAUUGCAUUUAAUUUAAUUUUGUAGAGUAAAUUGAAGUACAAUUAGUUUAAUUAAGUGAUUGUGUUUUGUUGUAGCGGUAAUUAGUUUAUUGUGUUUAGAUUUAAUUUGUAGAGCUAAUUUGGUUUAAUAAUUUAUAUUUAAUUAAAUUUCUUAUCGUCAAAUUAUUUUUUGUAGAGUUAAUUAAUUUAGUUUAAUUUUGUAGAAUCGUAUAAUUUGUACCUUUCUAACGAGUUGUGAAAUCAUAAUUGCAGGUGGACAUGGCUUACAAUGUUGAACUAAUUGGUGAUUACACAGACCAUUUUCUCAAUGGCGUCCGAUAUGAAAAUUUCGAAGAUGCUGUAACAGUGACCAAAAACAUCGCGAUGUCUCUUGGUUUCUUUGUAACUAAGGGAUCGAUGAAGCCACGUGAGUUGCGCAACAUAGAGUAUUGAGUAUGUGUUAUAUGUAUUGCGACAAAUGCAGUAGGGAGAGGAAGUCAUACAAGCCGGAUCCUUCCAAGGAGAGUCGUGGCAAUACAAGUUCAAAAGGAUCGGGAUGCAUGUUCAAGGUUAAAAUCAAAGAACUACUGGUUGAUCCAGAUGCUCUUGAUGGACUUUCAUUAUGGGAGAUACAAGCAGUGAUUGAGCAAGAAACCGGUUUAAGGCGAGGGUAUCACAAUCAUGAGAAGAUGCUUUAUCCCGAGGGCCACAGUCAAAUGAAUAAAUUGAGUCAGGAGGAUAAAGAAUCUCUGAAGCAGAUGAGAGAUGCUGGGUACCUCCGUCGCAACAGAAGCAGACAAUAAACAAGCAGAAGGGUGACAAAGGGCAUCACACCCAAAGGCAGAUGUAUAACCUCGGGUCCAAGUCUAGGAAAGACGAGAUGAAUGCAGUGCAGUAUGCGUUGCAAGUAGCUGAACGUGAGAAUUAUCAUACAGAGGUUAUGAAGGACGAUAACGACGUGCUUACACAUCUUUUUUUUUUUCCAUCCAACUUCCAUCCAGAUGUUGAAGGCUUGGCCGUACGUGAUUCUGAUCGACUCAACGUAUAAGACCAAUGCAUAUAAAUGGCCAUGGGUGGAGGUCGUAGGUGCUACUCCAGUUGGGAAGAAUUUCAACAUCUGUUGUGCUCUCAUGAAGGAUGAGACAAAAGAGUCAUAUAUGUGGCUGUUGGAGUGCAUACAACAAUUGCUCCAUCCACGCGUGCCCACUGUCAUCGUCACCGACCACGAAGGUGGACUACUUGCUACGGUUUCUGUGGUCUUCCCCCGCAACCCGCAUUUGCUAUGUGUUUGGCACAUCAACACCAAUGUGCAGAAGAAGUGUUUGGAAAUAUUUGGGAAGGACAUGAUGGAUUUGGUCAACGAGGCGUACGAUCAAUAUUGGUGUCCUAUGCUUUAUUCUUGGUCCGAACAAGGUAUGUUGGCCGCGUUUGGCUGUUUUAGGACAAGAUGGGGCAAUCACGAGCCACGUCUGUUGCAAUACAUACAGGGAGUGUGGUGGCAACAUCAAGAAAAGUGGGAAGUUUGUCAUACAAAAAUUGUGUUUCAUCUAGGAAAUACGAGCACAAACAGGGUUGAGUCGUCACAUUCCUCUUUGAAAACUUUCCUCCACAACUCGCGGGGAUCCAUGGACACUGUAUGGAAAGGAAACCACCGCUACAUUACUAACCAACUCGGGGAGGUUAGGAUGAUGUUGGAAAAAUCUAGAUAGAAAACCCUUUUAGCAUUCGGUGGUACACCUUUCACAUACUUGAGAAGGGCAGUCAGCAUGCAGGCAAUUAUAUUAAUGAAGGAGGCUGAAGAAGAAUUGGCGGCUCGCUUGGAAAAAAAUGAGAACUCCCGAUGUGCAUGUCAUUUCUCUGUGACACACGACUUGAGGGUGUGGAUGUCAAGUUAUGGAUGGCAGAUCGCGAGACAUAGAGAUAUACCCAGGUGAUAUUCAUAUAUAUUGGCGUACACUGACAUACGAGCAUCCACCCAAUGCUCAUGAGUACGUGCCCCAGGAGGAGGAGGCUAAAUGUCACCUUCAGGAGUUGGUUGAUGAGGCUGUACGCAGAGGACUAGAGGCAGCGAAAAAAGCAGCAAAGAACGUGUUUCGCGGUCUCCACCCGGCGGAAGACAACAUUCACGAGCCAGAAGUGAACGAAUCACGAAAGGGACGCCCAGCCAAAAAAUCAACUGGAAGAACUAAAGGGUGGUGGGAAAAGAUAUUGCGAGACAAGAAGAAAAACAUGAAAAAGAAGUCGGGAAGCACAACGUCGGGGUCUACAAAGUCGACUAGUACCAAGUCCACGACCCGGUGCCAGACGGUCAUUGUGGGUUUCGUGCACUUAGUUUUGCAUUAUAUGGUAAUCAAAUUGGGUUCCUAGAGGUGAGGCGACUACUUGCUGAAGAACUCCGUGAGCACGAUUGGCGAUAUGCACCCAUCUACGGUUCUGAUGUGAAUGCGGCAAUCAGACGCAUUGACAUCGCUACUACAGCACCAAUGAAAAAUCGUCAUUGGAUGAUGGGUGUGGAUCUAUUCGUAUUUUCCACACUAUUUAAUUUGGCUGUUGUCAUGUACAGCUCUUACCUCUUGUCAGUACCAAGUGCGUACAACUGUACCAUUCUUCCAAUGGACAACAUAUCUGGGGCAACCAGUCCUAGAGGAGUCAUUGUUCUGCAUUUCGUACAGGAUCAUUGGAUCAACCUCUCUUUCCCGUCGGACAAGAUACCGAUGCCCCCUCUAUAUGGCAUGUGGCCAGGCGGUCACCAAGAAAGCGUGGAUGGAUGGGAUACAUAUUUCGCGCCGUUUAGUCAAAUGUGGUUCGAUCUUGGGGGUGGGACUCAUAGCUUUCCAUCGCUCAAAAAGAGGGUUCCAAAGAAAUAAAUUUGUACUCGUCUUCAAUUUAAAUAAAUUGUAAUGAACGUC